AUGGACGUGCUGCCGCUAAACUUUUAUUCUUUGCGCCUUUCUGGUGUCUGGUACGAGGAAAACGAAAAAUUGGGAUUUGCGAGGAAAAUGUAUCGGUUCUUUGUAGUAGCAAGUGUUUUUUACUUCGCGAUAACACUAGCUGCUAAAGUUGUUCUAGAGAAAAAUGACAUCGAUGACUUAACCGAGUCACUGUUUUUGGCCAUGGCAUUCUGGAAUAUCUGCUUCAAGAUUGUAAAUUUCUCAUGUCACCGGGACAACGUGAUUGCAAUUGCAAGGGAAUUAAAAAUUUCGCACUGCCAAGCCAACAAUGACGAGGAAGCAAAGAUACUAGAAAAAUACGUAAAAAGAUCAAAGUGGCUCUUCGUUUUUCUCAUGUGUGCAACCAUCAGCAGCGCAGCAACUUUUUUCUACGCAUUUGUGUCAAAGGCAAUCAACAGCGAACAUUUACCACUCAAGACUUACCAAUUUUACGAUGAUUCAAAUUUACAAGUUGAAUAUUUCACGGCUCUUUUCCAAGUGAUAGUGACCAUUUAUGCAGUUGCCAUCCAUUCUUCCCUCGAAACCAUGCCCGCUGGACUGUUUAUGGUAAUAACCGGACAGCUGGAGUUGAAUGCCUAUAGAAUCAAAAAAUUGAGUCGUGGUGAUGUGCUUGGUAUGAAGGAUUGUGUUAUUCAUAACGUUUUGAUUCGGAGAGUUAAAAAAAAAGUAGAAUCCAUCGUCAUUGGAGUCGUCAUACCAUUCGUUUUUUAUGCUACAGCAAACAUUUGUACGAGCAUAUUUCAAGCUUCCAAGUACAACCUCUUCAGCUCUGACUUUACUUGGAUUUGCGUUUUCUCUUUGGGCAUUUUGCAGCAAGUCUUGAUCUACUGUUGGUUUGGCAAUCAAUUAUUAUGGAAGAGUCAGGAAAUACCUAAUGCCAUCUACGAAAGCGAUUGGAUUUUCAUGAAUCCACCUGAGAGGAAGUAUUUAUUCAUUUUAAUGGUUUGCAGUAGAAAAGGCCUAAGUGUUUCUUGUCAUGGAUUGUGUGAACUCAAUUUAAAAACAUUUCUAUGGAUUAUAAAAAUGUCAUACACUACGGUGAGUUUAUUGCAUCAAGUCAAUGCAAGGCUUUAG